CUAGUCCUUAUUGUUUGCACUGCCAAAACAAGAUCAUAUCAAAGAAGUGCUUUCAUGGCGAAGCUAUCCCAGCAAAAGAGUACAACAACUAUCCAUGCAACCACGACAGUUGGGGCAACUGCCACUACUACUCCAACUGUUCUCAAGGCCAAACGUACGAGGAAGACAGUCCCCAGAGACUCCCCUCCUCAACGCAGCUCCAUCUACCGUGGCGUCACCAGGCAUCGGUGGACUGGGAGAUAUGAAGCUCAUUUGUGGGAUAAGAAUUGCUGGAAUGAAUCGCAGAACAAGAAAGGAAGACAAGUUUAUCUUGGUGCUUAUGAUGAUGAAGAAGCAGCUGCACACGCUUAUGACUUGGCUGCUCUCAAGUACUGGGGUCAUGAAACCAUUCUUAACUUUCCUUUGGCAACGUAUGAGAAAGAACUGAAGUUAAUGGAGGGACAAUCCAGAGAAGAAUACAUUGGAUCCCUCAGAAGGAAAAGCAGUGGAUUUUCACGAGGAGUUUCCAAAUACCGUGGUGUUGCAAGGCAUCACCAUAAUGGAAGAUGGGAAGCCAGAAUUGGUAGAGUUUUUGGCAACAAGUACCUUUAUCUUGGGACCUAUGCUACACAAGAAGAGGCUGCUGUUGCAUAUGACAUGGCUGCCAUAGAAUAUCGUGGUUUAAAUGCUGUCACAAAUUUUGAUCUUAGCCGAUACAUCAAAUGGCUCCGACCAAACAACAAUAACAACACCAAUAACGAGGUUAAUCCUAGUAUUGGAAGCAACCUUGUUCCUACUCAAAAUCAUAAUUUAUGUUCGAACUCAAACUCGAACUCGAGCUCUAGCUUGAGCGGUAGUAGUGGUCUUUACAAUCACCAGCAACAACCGCUUUUGGGUAGGGAUGAGCAAAAGAAUCAUACCGUGAUAACAACUGAUGUGUCGUUGGCUCAGUCUCAGCCCACUUCCACCACAUCGGCAUUAGGGUUAUUGUUUCAAUCAUCGAAGUUCAAGGAGAUGAUGGAGAUGACCCUGGCAGCCGAGUGCUCGGCGCCAGCCGUCGUCGAGGCUAACAUUCCCCCACGGCGCAGCUUCCCGGAGGACAUAAAAACCUGCUUUGAGGAUCAAGAUUUUGCUAGCUAUGGAGAUGAUAUGACCACCUUUGACAACUUCAACUCACUCAUGCAACCAAUUCUUCAACUUGACUUUGACUUUUAGUGGAGUUAAUCCAAUUUUAUGGUAAGAGAUCAUUCAUUGAUCAUUAACUCACAAUUUCGAAAAACUCCUUCGAGUAAUCGUUAUUAGUUACGAAUUUUUUUCAUUACUAAAAACUAUUAUGGGAAAUUCUUACGUAGGAAGUGCUCACAAUUAUUAAAUUGACUAUCCAUGCAACCUAAGAAAUGGAGUUCAAUUUGAUGAGAGACUCAUAAUACAUUGGAGGUUCUAAAGGUGCACUUCCUACCUAAGAAUUAUCUAAAGAUUAAUUACAUUGUUUAGGGUAAUUUGUUCUUUAUUUUAAUUGCUAUUGUUAUUCUUAUUAUUUUUGUAGAUACAAAGUGUAAUACAUGUGGAC